UAUGAAUUGGAUAGAGGGAAACCGUUUGUGUGUAAAUUCGCUAUGAUUUCACGCGAAAUUUUGGUUUGAUUGCCUCCAAACAAGUAUUGUGACCAAGAUAAACUCAUGCCGAAAUACGGCACCAAGACAUACAGCCGUAAUCGCGCCAAAGAAUCAAAACUUUCCAAGGAAUUUGAUGAGAUUCAGCACAUUGAGAAUUCGGAUGCGAACGUCACAUCAGGGCAAAACACUUUCUCAAGAAGGGCGUCAAGGAAGUCUCCAUGGGCUAGAACAAGCAGAAUUAUCGAAAAAAAUGCUGGUUUGACAAAGGUAGGGGGUGUGGAUUCAUUAAAGACAGGCAAACGGCGAAGAUUAGGCACGAUCGACGAGAAAGACCCGUACGCUUUCGACGAAGAUGACGUGACGAUAUCAUACUCACAGAAAAGUGCUUUGCAAAGUAACGCUAUUGCACCAGCGAAGCAAACGAUCGCGCCAGAAGUGACUGAUAAAAGUACUGACGAUGAAGCUUAUAGCAGCUCUCAAGAAUUUAGUGAAAAUUCAUCUCAAGGAAGCGAAAGGAAAACCACCUAUUCUUACAAGAAGAAGCUUACUUCGUCACCAUUUAAGAGUUUUCUGAAGAAUAAUGAUAAAUCUCUGUCACCAAAGAAAGACAAAUCAAGGAGACUCUCAGCCUUGCCCACAAGUGCUGAUUUUAGUGAAGAGUCCCAGGACGAAGCAGCUUCUGAUACUCCAAGUCUUGCUCCAGCUGUGUGUUUACCACGAAGAAAAGACACUGAUUCUCCCAGUGCAAUCAGAGUUAAAAGAACAGAGAAACCACUUUUCACAGUAGUGAGGAAUGUCAAACAAGUCCAUGAGUGCCUGGAGUCAGGAGAAGAUCAGCAGUUUUUUGAUGAUGUGGAAUACCUUCUGGAUGGUCUCAAAGAGACCCGUUCAAUUUCGACCCGCUGUAUCAGUGCCCUGGAUUUUGCAUCACACUGUGCCCAGCCCUCUUUCAGAGUGAGCCUUCGUGCCCAUGGCAUGGGACCCAAAAUAUUUUCAGCUCUUCAAGAUGCGCCUUCAGAUAAGUGCUUAGCACUUUGUACAUCAGCCAUUACUUUGAUGCUAUCCCAAGACCGUCAAAAUGCUGACCUUGACAGAUCAGUUCUUGAACUCAUGAUGAAACUCUUAGCUGUGGACAGCAUGAACAAGCAAUCAAAAUCACUCAAAGAUUACAAUAAAUACAUCUCCAAAGUGCGGACUUUACUUGAGAAGCAAAGUGUAUCUGAGGAGCUACUUGAAAUGGGGGAUGAUGACAUAAAUCCUGCCUCACUAGUGUGUGAAUCUUUGCUCUCACUGGCAUCUCAGAGGAUUGGGGAAUGGUUUAAGGAAGAAAUAAGAGUCCUGCAAGGACUGGAUCAUAUAAUGAACACAGAGUUAAGACUUAAACUUGCUAAUCACAAGUUUAAGGUUACAAUCCAGAAUUUGAAUAAUCAAAAGCAUAUGAUUCAGUAUGAAAAAGGGUCAUUUGUUUCAAGCCUUGUCAGAUUGUUACAAAUGUGUCUAAACAUACUCAACAAUGGUGUCUCCUCAAAGAAAGCCAAGAAAAAACCUGAUGAGGUGUUUCAAGACUGCUUCUUCAGCAUUCUCAAAGUUUUUCUCAACCUUACUCACAAUUUUGAGAGAGGAUGUUCUUGCAUUGGGCAACAAGAAGGCUUUUUAUCAUCCCUUCUUCUGACUGUUUUACAGAGUUUGGAAUUGUUAUUCAACCUCGUAGAGGACAGUAAGCAGAAUGUCGCCUCCCUGGUACAGCUUCGUACCUCCUCCCCUUGCCAUGAAAGUCAAGAUGACAGCCAAGAUGAGACAGAUCAGGAGGGGAAACACAGUACAACUGAAGCUCUUGUACAGCUCUUUCUUAUAAGAGAGGAAGCUGCUAGGAAUACAGAUGACAUGACAUCAGGUCUAUCAACUGAAGAGGAAAGUAGUCAGGAGUCAUUUAAACCAACAAAGGAUGGCAUGGGGUGGACUUUUGGUGAAGAUAUUGAUGUUUCUGUUGAUGAAGGAGAUAAGAAAUCUAAUGACCCUCAAGAAGAAGAAGAAGAAAUUGUACCUUUGGAGGUACAGAUCGGGAAAGCAUUACAAAAAGCUGGAAAACACAUGGAAGAUAGUGUUGUGGCUGCUUAUGUUGCCCUGCUACUUGGAUGUAUUUUACAGGAAAAUGAAGCAAACCAGUCUUUUGUCAGGAGUCUUUUACCUGAUGGUGACUUUUCUCUACUUAUCAAUGUCUUGCGAAAAUUCCUCCGCUUCAUCAAACUCACGAGUGGUACAAGUGGUCAUGGAAUCGAAAAAAUUGUUAAAGUAUUGGAAAGUUGCAAGUAAACCAAGCAAAGCCGUUUUGGGGAACAUCGACGAUUUGCCAUUGGCAAAGUAGUCUGCUGUUUGUAGAGUGAUGUACAUUUUUACUUUUAUUCUUACAUAAUUAUCACCAGACGAAAAUGAAACUCACAUCAAGCAUAGCACGUAAUGAGACAAAUUAUUUACAAUCUGGAUCAUUGUAUAUAAAGAAUUCAAUUUAUUCAGUUUCUUGCUCCAUUGAGAUACACGAGUUGUUGAAUGUAAAUUGAGCUUGUCUCAAGUGAUUGCAAAGCACAGCUUUGGGUGGGCUCCCUUAAGACUUGAGUGUGCACCGUAGAUAUGACUGCCUGCCUUCCACAUCAGUUGUUCUUGUACAUUAGGAAUAGGUUCAAUAAAGUUUGUGAUGUCUCAA